GGAAACGGGGCAUCUCGUGGUUAAUGCAACAUCUCUGUUCCGAGCAGCGAUGCGUCAAACUUUGUUGCUCCUGUAGUUGCGCCUGUUCUCGCGGCUCUCGGUCCAUCGGCUGCGCGGAGCGGAGCUGGAAAUGAAGUCUCCCUGGAAUAGACCCGACAAAUUGUUCCUUCGUUUUCACAAGGUGUGAUACCUGCGGACCUCUUCAAACUUUGAUUACGGACGGAAAUUACAGCCUUUUUCAAUCUCUGUCAGACUCUCGACCUGGAUGUGUUCUGAGCGCUUUUCUAUUUUUGAGUGUCAACAGCCGAAAGUCAACUAUUUACCAAAACAACAGCUUCCAAGCGAUUCCCUCAAUUGCCGGACUGUGUGGGCUUUAUUCUCUGGCAGAGACUUUUUCGGACAAAAGCUUGUGAAUGUUUGAGAAGCUUCGAAGGCUACGCUGUGUGGACACCCCGGGGCGUUCUUCCGCGGCGGAGCCGGAAAAGAUGCGCUCUGCUCGGCUUCACUCUGACCAAGGUCUCGGUCCUCUGGUUCUCCUGCUCCUGUGUGGAGCUCACGUCGCGUCCGCCACCGAGAGCACCGACUACAGCGAUGCAGAGGUCCUCCCCGACUCGUUCCCAUCAGCCCCGGCAGAGCCGCUCCCGGAGUUCCUGCUGGAACCGGAAGACGCCUUCAUCGUGAAGAACCGGCCGGUCCAGCUGCGCUGCCGGGCCUCUCCCGCUACACAGAUCUACUUCAAAUGCAACGGAGAAUGGGUCAAUCAAAAUGACCACGUCACCAGAGAGAGUCUGGACCAGCUCACAGGUCUGGUGGUACGAGAGGUGGACAUCUCCGUGUCGAGGACGCAGGUGGAGGAGCUGUUUGGCCUUGAAGACUACUGGUGCCAGUGUGUGGCCUGGAGCGCUGCCGGCACCACCAAGAGCAACCGUGCCUAUGUUCGCAUUGCAUAUCUAAGGAAGAACUUUGAGCAGGAGCCUCUGGGGCGGGAGGUGCGACUGGAGCAGGAGGUGCUGCUGCAGUGUCGCCCCCCGGAGGGGAUGCCAGCCGCUGAGGUGGACUGGCUGAAGAAUGAGGACGUCAUCGAUCCGUCGCAGGACUCCAAUUUCCUGAUCACCAUCGAUCACGACCUGAUCAUCAAACAGGCCAGACUCCUGGACACCGCUAAUUACACCUGCGUGGCCCGAAACGUGGUGGCCAAGAGACGCAGCAGCACCGCCACGCUCAUCGUUUAUGUGAGCGGAGGCUGGUCCUCUUGGACUGAAUGGUCCGAGUGUAAUGCUCGGUGCGGGCGGGGCUGGCAGCGUCGAACACGCAGCUGCACCAAUCCUGCCCCCCUCAAUGGAGGAGCCUUCUGUGAGGGCCCACCUGUUCAGAGAGUAACUUGCACUACCCUGUGUCCAGUGGACGGUGGCUGGACGGAGUGGGCAAAGUGGUCCGCCUGUGGGACAGAGUGCACCCACUGGCGCAGCCGCGAGUGUCAGGACCCCCCACCCAUCAACGGAGGAAAGCACUGCAGCGGCAGCAUGAUGGAGAGCAAAAACUGCACCGAGGGGCUGUGUGCUCGAAAUAAAAAGAUUUCUAUUGAACAUGCAAGCCAUCCUCUGACCCCGGGUAUGGGUGUGGCCGUCUACACCGGCCUGGUCGUGGCCCUGCUGCUGAGCGUCAUCAUGGUGCUGUGUGUGGGAGUGCUCGCGUACCGCCGCAGAUGCCGCCAUCUCCACGGCGACAUCACCGACUCUUCAUCUGCUCUCACCGCCGCCUUCCACCCCGGCAACUACAAGCCUCCCAGACAGGAUAACCCCCAUCCUCUGCAUCCCUCGGCCCCGCCGGAUCUCACGGCCACAGCGGGAGCUUUCCGUGGGCCGCUCUUCUCCCUGCAGCAAGGGGUCAACGACAGCCCUCACAAAAUCCCCAUGACCACCUCCCCCCUGCUGGACCCCCUGCCCGGUCUGAAAAUCAAGGUGUAUAAUGCCUCCACGCUCUCGUCUCUGGAGCUCCCCGCUGACAUGUGCUCAAGCGACGGCGAAAUCCUCAGCUUAAAGUCGGUGGGUACUGUGGGCAGAGAGCGGGAGUACCACAGCCACACAUUGUCCAGAGAGCCGGGGCUCAGCACCAGCGCAACCCUGGGACAUCUGGGAGGACGCCUCACCAUCCCCAACACCGGUGUGAGUUUGCUGGUUCCUCCUGGAACGAUCCCUCAGGGGAAGUUCUAUGAGAUGUACCUGAUUAUCAACAAGUGGGACAAAACAACGUUACCUUCAGAGGGGAGUCAGACCGUGCUGAGUCCGGUGGUGAGCUGCGGUCCGUCUGGCAUGCUGCUGAAUCGCCCCGUGGUCCUCACUCUGCCUCACUGUGCCCAGCUCGACACGCCCACGCCCGACUGGACCCUCACCCUGAAAACACAAACGCACCAGGGGGCCUGGGAGGAGGUGUUGACUGUAGGGGAGGAGACGCUCUCGUCUCCCUGCUACCUGCAGCUGGAGGAAGAGUGUUGCCACGUUCUCAUGGAGCAGCUGGGGACGUACGGCCUUGUGGGUCAGUCCUGCCCUCCGCAACCUGCCUGCAAGCGCCUGCAGCUGGCUCUGUUUGCCCCCAGGGCACCUUGCCUGUCCCUGGACUAUAGCCUCCGGAUCUACUGUAUCCAUGAUACCCCACAUGCACUCAAGGAGGUGCUGGAUUUGGAGAGAAGCCUCGGCGGAGUUUUGCUGGAAGAUCCCAAGCCGCUGCUCUUCAAAGAUAGCUACCACAAUCUACGCCUGUCCAUCCACGACAUUCCUCACACUCACUGGAGAAGCAAACUUCUGGCCAAAUACCAGGAGAUACCGUUUUAUCACAUCUGGAGCGGCAGUCAGAGACCCCUGCACUGCACCUUCAGCCUGGAGAGAGGCAGCCUGGCCGUGUCGCAGCUCGCCUGCAAGAUCUGCGUCCGGCAGGUGGAAGGGGAGGGACAGAUAUUCCAGCUGCACACAGACAUCCAGGAGACUCUACCGCCGCACUCGCCCCUCCCUUCGGGAGGUACCUGCUUACCUUCCUCUCAGGUGGGACCUUAUGCCUUUCGCUUGCCUGACUCCAUCCGUCAGAAGAUUUGUGCCAGUUUGGAUGCCCCAAGUGCUCGAGGGUGUGACUGGAGACUACUGGCUCGCAGUCUGGGCUUCGACAGGUAUUUGAACUAUUUUGCCACAAAGCCCAGCCCCACAGGUGUUUUGCUGGACUUAUGGGAAGCCUGUCACCAAGGUGACGCAGACCUGGUCUCUCUGGCGACCGCACUGGAAGAGAUGGGCAAAAGUGAGGUGCUUGUUGUCAUGACGACGGACGGGGACUGUUGAUUGGUCAAGGAGCACGCGAGCGAGCAAGACUUUUGUUUUCAUGCCACCACGACGGAAAUACCUGGUUUAUGAAUAUGCACAUACUGGAGCAGGUCAUUUUGGGACAUUUUGGUUGAUUCACUCGCCACAUCUCACGUUCACUGGGCCAUGGUUAGAACCACUUCAGAGACAGACCAUAACUCGUCCUCAUGCGGCUGUCCGGCCGCCAGCCCGAUUCAGCUUGAAUCCGGCAAAGUAAUGCAAGAGGAGAAAUCAAUUAGUGGGUGUAACGGCGUAAAAAUGGAUGUAAAGUCGUCUAUCAGGUGUGUCGUUGACUGUCUUCAAAAUGCUGAGACUGACUUGUAUAUAAAUAGCCAGCGCUUCAGGACAAACAAAUCCAUGUAUUCAGAGCGCGAAAGCACAGACGAUAACAGAAAACAAAAGGAAAAAAAAAAAAAAAA